CGGCACAAAAAAAAAGAUUUCAAACUAGCAAAAGAAGAAAAGAGCACACAAAAAAAAAAAAAAAAAGUACCACGUCCAAUCUUUAUCUUUCCACAUCCAUUUUCAAGAUUCUUCGACAAUGUCUACUACUUCUGAAUCUUCGGUUCCCACAUCAGAUUUUGUUAGAGACAUAACACUAUGGAAGAAGAAGAAGCAGAGUCUUCUGGUUCUUUCAGCGGCAACUGCAACUUGGGUGUUACUCGAAAUUUACCAAUUCAACUCCGUGACUGUUAUCUCAUGGGCUGCAAUAUUUAUAAUUGUUUUGCUCUUCCUCUACGGCAACUUCCUUAGGCUCCUCGGCAAAGAGCCAUCAGCAUUACCAGGAUUGGAAAUUACAGAGGGAUCAGCUUUGGUGGCGGCCAAUUCGAGUCGGGUAACGGUGGAAGAAAUAAGUCGAUGGAUGUUCAGAGUAGGUGCAGAGGGAGAUUUAUUCGUCUUUGCCGGAGUUAUUGGUGGGUUGUGGAUACUCUCUCGUAUCGGAAACAACUUCGACCUGCCAACGUUUCUUUAUAUAGGGACAGUUUUGGGGAUGACAGUGCCAGCAAUAUAUGUAAGAUACGAAGACAAGAUAAAAAGGUAUAGGGAGCGAGUGAAGGAACAAACAAGGGGGUAUUAUGAGAUGAUUAACGAUAAGGUAGCAAAGAUGAUGAAGCAUAAGGUUCCGGACAAAGAAGAGAAGGAGAAGAAGGUGGAAUAGUUGUUUUUUGCUUUGUUUAGGAAUUUGGCAAUAAUAUGUUUUUUGAAUCUUUGAAUGUCUUACAAGUCAGCAUCUUAUAUAAGCUUCAUUGACGACCAACUAUGUACUAAUAUAUUCCGAUUUAGGUGGUAUAAUAAUAAAACUCUAGUCUCUAGACAGUAA